AUGACUAUGAAUGAAUUUACUGUGUCUCCUGCAGAACAGAACAAGAGUUCAGAUGUUCAAGCUGUUGGAAGCGAGCUUUCGUACGGAGGAGCUGUAGAGCGACUUCGUCAGGAGGUUCAUGGGUUGAUCGCUGAAGUUGCGAACAGUGGGGACAAGUCGGACGAAGAGGUCGACGCUUUGAAGGCUGCCCUGUCAAAGAAGUGCUCUAACUUGGAGGCUAUAGAGAAAGCUCUCUCUAUGGUCACACCUAACCAGAGUCCUUCCCAAGUAACAGUGGUUAGUCAAGGUGCGGCUAAUAGUUCAACUGUACCUGAUGAUCUUCCUUUGUUCCAAUGGUUUGGACGUGUCAAAGAUGAAAAAAAGGAAGUUUUUGCCAACAUUGAGGAGUGUUGUCGCCGGUUUUCCAAUAAGUUGAGCAGUUGCACGCUUGAUCUUGACGAACACUGGUAUCGUUUGCUUCCUCCUUGUCUUCCCGGCGAUCUUCGCAAUUGGCUUGAUGAGUUUGUGAAAGCAUCUGGCUCCACUGUGUCUUGGGCUACCUUGAAGGGAGCUAUCAUCGGUCGUUUUGGUACACCAAAAGAACAGCUCAGAUUCGAAAGAAUUAGGGAGUUUCUUCGUUGUACUAAAGGAAACGAAGAAUCCGUUGAUGGUUUCGUAGAGCGGUUUAAGACGUUGAGAAAUAGAGCUGACAUCAGUGAUAAGGGUGUCGUUGCGAUGGUGUUUUUUGACGCUUUCCCCAAGGUUACCGCUAGGUUGCUAAUGGUUGCUAUGAGUCAGGCACCAGAAUCGUCAUUUUAUGACAUUGAUUAUGUGUCCUCUCUCGUGCGCAAGAUGGAUAUGAUGGCUAUUGAGACGGGUCAAGAAUCUUUGGGCUCUGUUUUUGAUGGAAGAAAACGCGCUGCUGACAUACCUGUUUCGAACGAAGCAAAGAAGUCUCGGUACGCACCUUCUUCUAGUGGAAACGCUCUGCAAAGUAGCUCUUCGUCGAGAUCCAAUGGUCCCUCGUCCAACCCUCCACGUUCUGGUGCUAAUCGUUUUGGCAAAACAUUUGCUGAACAUGUUGCUGAAGGGACUUGCUCCAAAUGUAACGGUCCUCGACCAAAGGGGCAGAUGCAUCACUGCAACACUGCUAUUCGUACUGGUGGUGGUAACACUCAUCAGGGUAAUGGUGGUAAAAAAGUUUUGCGUGCCAUGACUAAGAAACGUGGUGGCAAACAUUCGAUGGAUGCUGCAAUCCAAGCUGCUUUUCUCUCUGCUCGUGUUGAUCGUGCGUUAGCUGAGAAAGGUGCUUCUUCCCCUGCUGUCUCCUCUGCUGAACAAUCGGUGGAUGAUGUUGUCCUUGCUCCUUCUUCUGGUGACAGUGACAAUGUUGAUGUUGACCAAGAUGCUGUGAUGAGUGAAGCUCAUGGUAUCUUUGAGGAUACUGACCUGGUGAAUCGUGCCCAGUCUAUUCUUCUUGAAAAAGAGAUGAGUAGCAUGUCUGUGGACGACGAUACGCUACAAAAUAUAUUUGCUCAGCAAUGUAAGUUCGAUGCUAGAUUUAGUGCUCCACCUACUAUGACCACCAAUGCUAUUUGUGUUCCUAUUGUGGUUCAAAAUGUCAUUUGCUUUGGCUUAGUGGAUACGGGCUUUGGUUUGGAUCCAGAGCAAGCUCAUAAAGUGUCAUUUACUUGUCCCUUCACGAAUAUCCAAUACACCCAUAAAAAGGCUGCUUAUGGAAUUCGCCAUGUCGGAUCGGUGGUUGUACGCACAUUGCAAACACUGCUCUCUGAUUUGAAUACAAGCUCUGGUUCUACUUCGUUUCCUACUGAUGGUGAUCACUCGGUUUCCUGCUAUGUGGAUGACAUCUUAUGCAGUAGUAAUGGGAGCCUACAAGAUCACUAUGCGUUGGUUGCUGAGGUAAUUCGUCGUUUAACCGAUGCUAAUUUGGUGCUCAAUCCUGAGAAAGUCGUCUUCGCUCAGCGUAGUAUUUAUCUCUUGGGAUGGAGUGUUAUUAAUGGUAAAUUACUGCCUGACGGUAGAAAACUUACCAACAUUGCAGAUUGGCCGGCUAUUACCACUGGUCGUCAAUUGGCAUCUUUCUUGGGUUUAAUGUCGUACUUUCGUGCUGCCAUUCCAUGUUAUUCUCGUCUGACUCGAGAUCUUGAUAGCUUGAAACAGUACAAAGAUCUAACAGAUGUUUGGAAUGAGUCUCAUACAAAAGCGAUUGCCGACUUGAAGGAUGCACUUACGAUGGCACUUGUGCUGUCACCUCCUGAUUUUUCGAUUCGAUUUCACUUGGCUACUGAUGCUAGUUUAACUGCUCUUGGCGCGGUUUUAUAUCAAGUGGUCAACGAUGAAAUUCGAUAUGUAGGUCUCGUAUCUCGUAAAUUGUCUGUUUCUGAGCGUAACUACAGUACUACGAAAAGGGAAUUGCUAGGGAUUUGCUAUGCCUUGGUUAAGUUUCAUCGUUUUCUGUAUAUGCGAGAGUUUACCUUACAUACGGACCAUAAGAGUCUGAUCUACUUGAAUACACAGGAAGUCCCCAAUGCACUCAUGCUUGGAUGGUGGGAGACCAUUUUUUCUUAUACUUUCCAUAUUUUGCAUUUGCCCGGUGUCCUUAACGUAAUUCCUGAUGCUUUAUCUCGACUUUACGAAGAUUCGGAUGCUGAUGCUUCAGCACGACAUCUUCUGGGGGGCAGGUACUAUGCUGAUGGUGGUGAAAGUGUAAAGAGAAAGAAAAAGGGUUCCAAAAACAAACUCAAGGUUGUCACACCUUCGCCUCCAAUGAAACGUACUUUGGUCAAGACAACUAAGGCGUUACGAUCUAAUUCUUCUAGCAACUAUGCACGCACUGCGGUAAACGCUACUCUUAUCAAAGAUGGCACCACCACAGCUGUCUCGCAAAAGCAAAAGGAAUUCAUAUUGCGUACGCUUAGGUUUGCUGACUAUAUCACUUCUCCUGCUAAUGAAAGAGACAGUAUGAUCAUUGCUCAGCAUCUGGUUGGACAUUUUGGGAUCAAACAUGUUGAAACUGCAAUUCAUCAUGAAGGGUUUCACUGGGUGAACAUUCGGAAAGACAUAGAAAGAAUAUUAGCUGAUUGUGACGAGUGUAACAGGUACAAUAUCGCUAGAGAGGGAUAUCAUCCUUUCCGUAGUGUCAAUGCAGCCCAACCUUUGGAUCAUUGGUGCAUGGAUCUCGGUGAUAUGGGUGUUACUAGCUCUUUCGGCAGCAACUUUCUAUUUGUCCUUACUGAUUACUUUACGAGAUUUACUGUGAUAAGAUGCAUUCCAGACAAGAAGGCUACGACAAUUGCCAGGGAAAUGCUUCAAGUUUUCUCACUUUUUGAAUGGCCAAUCAAGUUGACUUCAGACAGAGGCCUAGAAUGGAUAAAUGAGGUGGUCCGUGCUAUGAUGGACAUCAGUGGGAUAGGCCAUCGCCUGUCAUUAGGGUACAAUCCAUUGGGUAACUCGGUUUCUGAGUCAUUUAUCAAAAUAUGUAAGUUAACGACUAUCAAGUUGUUAAAAGGUAAGAGGGAUCAAUGGGAGCACUUCAUUCCGUGGGUGAAUUACUGCAUCAAUGUCAAGUAUGCUCGGCUACAUAAAUCUCGUCCGUAUACACUUUUGUUUAAUCGUCAACCAAAUGGUCUGGCUGAUUACUCAAAGGUGGACUAUUCCAAACGUUUGGAGAAAGCUGAUAAUAGACUCAUUGACAAACGAUACCGUUUUGUACAAGAUGUUCUUAUCCCGGCUAUUUCUAAGCGUAUUGUGGAUACACAAAAUGCUGAUCAUGCUAACUUUGCGAAGAAACAUAAGGUCAUUGCCGAACCCUAUCCUAUUGGUAGUAAAGUUAUGAUUAAAAAUGUUCAUCGUCAAAAUAAGUUAGAUGAACGGUAUGAAGGACCUUAUUUGAUUCAUAGUAUAACCGAUAAAGGUUCCUAUGUGCUGGCUGACAAGACGGGUGCACUCCUUAGUCGAGAUGUGCCUACCCAUCAUAUCAAGUACCAAGUCGCUGCGAAUCCUCAGCCAAUCACAAUUGAUGAGUUCUCUGCAGAGCAUUACGAAAUUCAAGCUGUGAUUGAUCAUAGAGGAUCUCCUGGUAACUUUGAGUAUAAGGUAAAAUGGAAAGGGUUCGAUGAUCCUAGUGAAGAUACUUGGGAGCCUGUGAAAAACUUUGAUUCGGCCAAACACAUUGAGCUGUAUUGGGCUCGAAGAGAAGGUGCAAAGGCUGCUGGUAAACGUAGGUUAGCUCCUCAAACAGUUAACUGGCGAACUACUACUACUCGCGAAAUUGGUCAGAGUGGUAGAUCAAACAGGUCUUAA